AUGGGUUCUGUAAUGAGCUUGAGCUGUCCCAAGACGAAAGAACAAACUCAGGAAGAGGAACUCUCAAACAAAUCUUGCGAAACAAGAAAGACAUGUUCAUCUAAAGAACAAGAGUACUCCAGAUUGAUUCCAAAUCUUCCUGAUGAGUUAUCUUUACAGAUUCUUGCUAUGCUCCCAAGAAUCUGCUACUCGAAUGUUCAAUUAGUUUCACGGAGGUGGAGAUCAGCUCUAUCGACCCCUGAGCUCUUUACUCUAAGGAAAGAGCUUGGAAAAACAGAGGAAUGGCUCUAUCUGUUGACUAAAAGCCAAGAGGGUAACCUUUCGUUGCACGCUUUAGAUCCAGUCUCUAAAAGAUGGCAAAGACUGCCUCCUAUGCCUGUUAUUGUUUACGAAAAGGAACCUACUACAAGUAGUAUGUGGAAUCUCAUGAGGAGCUUACUCGGUAGAAAAGAGGCCCAAGUGUUGCCUAACGAGUUCUUGGCUGACUUGUUGAAGCCUAUUGUUACCGGGAUGACUUGUUACAACGGUAGACUAUGUGUUACUCAGAGUUUAUACUCUUGUCCUUUCUUUUUUGAUGCUGGAGGAAAGUUUUAUGAUCCGGGGACGAGUCUUUGGGGUGAGAUGCCGUCUGGUAUGGGUCAAGGUUGGCCUGCAAAGGGAAUUUAUAAUACUUCUUCUGGCUUUGGCUGGCAUUUGGUGGCUGCCAUUGAGCAAUAG